GAUCAAUACCUGAUGUUAUUGAAGUCCAUGUUUGACCUGACAGAAGAAAAUGGCUGAAGAUUCAUCUCAAUACCAUUUCACGGCUAGCAUGGACUCCGGAAAGACUCUGUGUAGUUUAUUAAAAGCAAUACAGUUUCAAGAGUCAGCAGUGUUCUGUGCUCUACCUGAAGGUUUGAAGUUAACAGUGGAGGAAGGCAAGUGUGUUCAAGCCUCAGCUUAUAUACCGGCUGACAACUUCACAGAAUACCAUGUUAGGGAUGAUGUAGAUGUCAUAUUUAAGAUCAGCUUAGCAGUUUUAGCAGAAUGCUUAAACAUAUUUGGCUCGGGUGAAGAGGCCAGCUUGAAAAUGUAUUACAAAUGUGAAGGAUCCCCGCUGUUACUUGUCUUACAGCCUCAGUCGUUUCGUAACGUCAUGACGGACUGCGAGAUAUGGAGCCAGACCCCAGAUUCGAUGCUGGAGCUUCGCAGUCCCGAGGAGACGGACGUGGCGAAGCUCGUGGUCCGCGCCGGAGCCCUACUCGCAGUACUGGGGGACGUCGAGAGGAGUGCCGAUGUCUUGGAGUUGAGGUUGCAGCCUGAACCGCCACACUUCACCAUCGUUACGUACGGAAUGCAGGAUCGAUCCUGUAUCGAAGUGCCUGAGUGCUCGGACACACUGCAGAGCUUCAGCUGUGAACGAGAACUGACCCUCAAAUAUCAACUCCACCACCUCAGGCUCUGCAUGAAAGCUCUAGCUAUUUCAAAUAAGGUCGUAUUAAGAUGCAGCUCCACGGGCCUGUUAUUGCUUCAGCUGAAGUUAGAAAGGGACGACAACAAACACAUGUUCUCUGAAUUCUAUAUAGUGCCUCUACUUGACGACUGAUGUGAAUUAUAUUGAAAAGGAAACUCCUGUUAUUUUGUUAAUAAAGAAUAUUUAAUAUUUU